UUUCCUAUAUAAUGAAUUGUGACAGUUGUCAAAAUUCUCACUUUGACUUUGAACGGUAGGCUUGAUCUUUGAGAAUAUAGGUGAAUAUUAAAUUCGGAAGACAACAUGAAAUUUAUUGCGGCUCUUUUUGUUUUUGUACUCUUCCUUGGGUUUGCUGCGGCCCAGGAUGAAGGAGCGUGUCCUGUAGGAAACGUUUAUUGGCCCCAUGUAAACUGCACGCUUUUCUAUGUGUGCCGUCCUCAAGGAGGCGUUCUUCUUGUGGACUUUUGCCCCUCGGGACUAUAUUGGAAUCAGGGUGCAAUUUCUUGUGACUGGCCAUUCAAUGUGCCCGAAUGCGAAAAUGGCCCAACAAGACCACCCUACACAAUUGCGCCCACCUCUCCAACCACAACUAUUCCUACAACUACGGAACCAACCACCACCACUACAACUCCCACUACCACGACUCCCACCACCACCACGCCCACAACAACGGUCCCAACAACAACGAAUGGACCUUCCACAACUACGACAGCCCCAGUUGACGAAAUUUGUCCUCCUGGAGCAAACUUUUGGCCACACCCCUACAACUGCAGCAUGUACUACAUUUGCAUGGGCAAUGAUUACUAUCUCCUUGUUUGUCCUGUGGGCUAUUACUUUAAUCCGGUCUGGGACAAUUGUGAUUUGCCUGUCAAUGUGCCAGAGUGUGAUGGAGGUACAUACCCAACAGGGCCAACUACCACUGAGGUAACUACCGUGAUCACAUCCACGCCGACUACGACCCCACCCACGACAACCACUCCGACCACGACUCCUCCUACAACUACUACGCUUCCGACCACUACAACUACCACACCCACCACUACGACGAGACCCCCAGAUAAUGGCUGCCCUGCUACGGGAACAACCAAAAUUUCGCAUGAAGAAAUUUGCGAAGCUUUCUGGCUCUGUGUUGAAGGAGUGCGACAAGAACCCUAUUUUGUAUGCCCUGGAGGACUUUUCUUUGACCCAAUAUUGCAAAAGUGUAAUCUGCCUUCAGAAGUAGAUUGUGGAAAUCUUUAAGCCAUAAUUAACUUAAUUCCGAUUUAAUGUUCAUUUAUUAAACAAUAAAGAAAUAAGUACAAUGCAUCAAGA